AUGGCGGCGGUUGUACGUGGGAGGAGGACGAGGGGGACAUGGGCAGGGCGAGGAGCGACGGGAGAGGAGCAAUGCUUCAUCCUCGACAAGGACGAUCUGAACCGAGAACGAGAGCAGGAGAAGAGACAAGGAGGAAAGCAUAGGAAGGAGGAGGUGGAGGAAUGGAACAACGCCAGGGACGCGUUGAAGAUGCAGGCGGGGAAGGGAGAGAGAUUCAUGGACGAGAAUCGAGGAAGGGGAGUCAGGGGGCGGACAGAGAGAGACCUGCUGAAGGCCGACCCCAACGCUCUCGUGCUCGCACUCCAUGGAACUCCGAGGGAGAGAGUGCGAGGAGGAGGGAGGGAGGUCAGAGACAUCGUUCGGCCCUUGCAAAUGGUGCCAUGGAGGAAAUCAACAGUUCAGGCGCACGUGCUGGAAGGAGCACAGCAGGAGGAGAGAAAUCUGUACAGGAGGAUUUCAGAGAGACUCUUCGCUCUACAUGCUCCUGGGAGGCUCGACAAAGACGUUAUGACGCUGCUCCGAGCCAUGGACGAGGAAGGGGAGGGGAGGGUGGACAGCAAACUGUUCGAGCGGGCUCUGGGCUCCAUCAACAUUUUUCUUGGCAAGGAAGAGAGGAGGAGACUGUUGCAGCGGCUCGACCUGAGAGAGGAUGGGACCAUCGACAUCCAGCUGUUCCAGCAAGUGUUCGAUGUCGACCAGAGAGUUGCAACAUCCGAGAUGGAGCCUGAAGUGAUCGGAAAGGACAAGGCCAGGGAGCAGGAAAGAGCGCAGCACAAGAAGAGGGAGAAGGAGGAGGAGGAGGAUGUGAAUGGAGCAUCGAACCCUGAGCUGGCAAGGGAGAGGUAUCUUAGGCGGCUCCUGCAGUCGCAGGGAGCUGGAGGAGGAGAAUUUCGCGUGAUACGCAAACUUGUCAGCCGGUUGGACGAGAUGAAGCUUGACCUCGAGCGAGUCCUCCGGCAGGAGCAGAGUUGCCGACCUGUCGCUAGGAUGCGGGCGCGAGAUAUGGAACUGAUGCUGCGGAGGUUGGGGAUCGGGAUGGAGCAGGAGGAGUACAAGAUGCUGGUGAGCGUCUUCGAUCAUGAUGCGAGUGGAACGGCAGACCUGCAGGAGAUGUUCCGGUCGCUGAGCCUGGAGGCGUGGAAGAGGAGGGAGGGGAAUGAGCCUUUGCUGGGAAGGACAGGGAGGCUGGAGGAGGCGGAUAAGAUGUACGAGAUGCAGCAGGUGCAGCGGCGGAUCCUGCAAGGGAAGGAGAACCACGUUUGGAUGCUGUUCAAGAAGAUCAAGAGGAGACUGGAAGAGCUCGAGCUCAAGGCAGAGAAGCUCGUAAUGAACAUGGACGUGAACAAGAACGGGGUGGUGGACUAUAGCGAGUUCAAGAGAGGGCUGAGGCAUGUUGGGGUAUACGUUGCCGAGGCUGAGAUGAGAUGUAUCUUCGACCUCCUUGACAGUGACAAGACAGGAGAGCUGGAUCUGUUCGAGAUGUGCUAUCUGUUUGAGAUCAAGGUUGCCAAUGCCCAGGCCUUUCACGACAUGAAGCAGAAGGUGAUGAGAAAGUCUCAACACAGGUCGAGCAAGACUCGUGACGAUUAUGAUGAUGAAGCUCCCCUCCCAAAUGUUGACAUCGGUGAAAUUCCUGUCUCUCCUUGA